UCAUGACGGCAAGUUCAAAACAGAAAACGUCAAUUCUAGUCGACCACGGCCACCGUGCUUCUAUCAGUGCAUUUCUAGAAACCCUGUUAGUUUCGGAUGCGCCAAACAGUGUUUUUACAGAACAGCACCACCGUGGGUUUCCACUGAAAGACAUUUGCACCACAAUAGUAGACAGCGAUGAGCAGUGGGAACAAAGCCAUAGAACUUCAGAUGCAAAUGCGUCAGAAUACUGAAGAUCUCCAAAACUUCAUGAGAGAACUUAACAGCUGGGAAGCUGACAUAAAGAAGAAGGACGUACAACUCCGUACAGGGAACGAGGGAGACAGCUCAAAAAAUAUACCACCAGUGAGAAACAAAGAUUUCAAAAAGAAGAAGCGUAAAACAAAAAGCAAACUGUCAGACAAGGAUGCUCUCAACGAAGACAAGAAAUCAAGUCGGAUCAAGUCAUAUGACUAUCAGGCCUGGGAGAAAUUUGAUGUGGACAAAGCUCUGGAUUCGGUAGACAAGGAAGAGAGUCAAGAGGAGUCUAACGAGUCGGAUUCUGAGGACGGUGCUGUUAAGGUUGACCAAGAGGCAGCUCUGGCUGAGAAGGAAAAAGGAAACCAGCUUUUUAAGCAAGGAAAGUAUGAUGACGCUCUGGAGUGCUAUACCAGAGGCAUGGAUGCUGAUCCACAUAACCCCAUCCUCCCUACCAACAGGGCUGCUUGCUUCCUCAGACUCAAAAAAUAUGCUGUUGCUGAGUCAGACUGCAAUUUGUCUAUUGCUCUGGACAGUAAAUACGUCAAAGCUUAUGCUCGAAGAGGAGCUGCACGUUUUGCCUUGGGGAAUUAUCGCUCUGCCUUUGAAGAUUACGAGACUGUUCUCAAGCUGGAACCUGGCAACCUGGAGGCUCAGAAUGAGCUGAAAAAAGUCAAAGAGGCCUUGGCUAAAGUGGGACCCUCAGACAAAGGAGAGCAAGGAAAAGUGAGAGAGACUGUGAUCGACCCUGCCCUGCAGAAAAAGCUUGAGGAGCAACAAAAAAGACAGGAGGCAGUAUUGCACAAGGACCGGGGCAAUGCUUACUUCAAAGAGGGGAAAUAUGAAGCUGCCGUAGAAUGCUACACACAGGGCAUGGAGGUAGAUACCACCAACGUUCUCCUUCCAGCCAACCGGGCGAUGGCUUACCUGAAACUGGAGAGAUAUGCAGAAGCAGAGGAUGACUGUAGUAUAGCCAUAGCUUUGGAUGGUACCUACUCUAAAGCCUUUGCCAGACGGGGAACAGCUAGAGCUGCUCUGGGAAAGCUGCAAGAAGCCAAAGCAGACUUUGAAAAAGUGCUGAAGUUGGAGCCUGGAAACAAGCUAGCUGUAAAUGAACUCGACAAGAUUAAAAUGGACAUUAAUGCGGGCCGAACGUCAGAGAAAGUCGGAGAGCACAGUCAGAGAAGAGUAAUCCAGCCAAUAAGCAAGCCACCUCACUUGCGCUCAACUAGGCCACUAAGAAGGGUGGAAAUUGAGGAGAUCAAAGGAGAUAUUGCCCCUUCAGACAAGUCCCUUAGCACGGCAGGUGGAUCUGUCUCCCUUGAAACCCGGGUCCCAUCACCACUGGCAGUUCAGGCUGAGAGUAAGGCUAAAGGUGAAGGGUCAUCACUAGGAUCAUCCCCCUCUGCCAAAAUACAGAAGAUCGAGGAGCUGCCGGACCCAGUCUCACAAUCUCCAGCCAAGGAACCUGAGGGUGACCGUUCAAAAGCCUCAGGGAGUAAGCGGGUAGAGAGGCUCCCAGACGCCUCAGAGCAGGCCACCUCCUCAAGCCACCAGGAGUCUGAUGUCCCACCAAGCCCGCCAGGCAACAGUUUCCAGUUAGAAGCCGACUUGAGGAAGAUCGGGGAAAGGCCUGAAAUGAUUUACAGAUAUUUAAAGCAAAUUCAACCAGAGGCUUACACCAGAAUUUUUCAGAACUCCCUAGAACCUGAAAUUUUGAAUCAGAUUUUGAGGAUUCUCCAGAAUUACUACAUCAAGAAUGAAAAGCCUACACUCAUCCUGGACAUCCUCAAGAACCUGGCUAGCGUGAGGCGAUUCGACAUGGCAGUCAUGUUCAUGUCAUCUGCAGAGAAGAAAGGGAUCCAGGAGCUCUUUGAGACUAUACAGCAAGCUGGGCUUAAGGAUGCGUCCGUCCAGGCCCUGCAGAAGAAGUAUGGAGUAUGACAUCUGUGCUGAGAGGAGAACCAAGGCAGCAAUCUAGAGCUGCCGGUGAAUGAAUAUAUCCUACCAGGUGGAGCUGAACUAUGUUUCUGGGAUAUUACAUUGUGGAAUAUAGCCCUGGAAUUGACACUGACAUUGUACAGACCCAGUCGGGCCAAAGGAGAAGGUGAAUGAAUGUCAUAUGUCACAAGUGUGAUUGUGCUUUACAAUGAAUUAAAUAGGUGAAGAAA